AUGGGGGAUGAAGAUGGGGAGACUUACCAGCUGUGGGUGGAGGUCGAUGCAGAUGUGACAACAUCACUUCUGGAAGAGACAUCAUCACAUUGUAAUGUGAUGGGAGAUGCUCUGGCUGUUGAGCAUGAAGCCUUCAGAAGAAGACAAAGUAACACAAAUGAUAAUCCAGACUUAAGGGAUAAAGAUCAUUUCAGUGAUGGCAGUUGUCAGACCAGAAAUCCUACAGUGGCCUUGAAGGAAGACACACAGGUUAAAGUUUACAAUAAUGACAAAGAAGAAACAUUUAGAAGAGAAUUGCCCUACUGCACAGGGGAAAUCGACUUCAUGGCUUCCGGAAAGAAAGGGGGAAAGUUUAUUAAGGUCCCAUGUGCCAUCCAUCCCAGAGUAAUUUUUGAUGUCAUGAGCAACAAAUGGAAUCUUCCUGCUCCCAACCUGGUUGUUUCUUUAGUUGGAGAAGAAGAAAACUUCCAGAUGAAACCUUGGUUACGUGACACCUUAAGGAAAGGACUAGUAAAGGCUGCACAGAGCACUGGUGCCUGGAUUUUUACCAGUGCUUUAUGUGUUGGAAUAACAAAACACAUAGGGCAAGCUGUCCGAGAUCACAUGUUGGCAAGUACAUCGUCCACAGUGAAAGUAGUUGCAAUAGGAAUAACUUCACUGGGAAAUAUUCAGCACAGAGAGCUUUUGAAAAAUGUUAAGAAUGACAGUCUUAUAAACUACAAAUAUGAACAUAAUACUCAAGGUCCUCUAUAUUUUCUUGACAACAAUCACUCCCAUUUUAUUUUGGUGGAUGAAAAGGAGCCAGGUGGGACUACAAGUCUACGUCUUACCUUGGAGAAACACAUUUCAGAACAGCGCACUGGCUAUGGAGGAACAGGUAGUAUUGAAAUCCCUGUACUUUGCUUACUUGUGAAUGGAAAACCUAAAAUACUUGAGCGCAUUUACAGGGGCUUGAAAAAUUCUGCCCCCUGGCUCAUCUUGGCAGGAUCUGGUGGCAUAGCUGACAUCUUAUCAGCACUAAUGAAUGAGCCCCACUUAAUAGUGCCACAGGUGGUGGAAAAACAGCUGAAAGAGAAAUUUCCUACUGAAGAUUUCUUGCAUAAGGAUAUUCUUCACUGGACUGCAGUGAUCCAAAACAUUAUUGCCCAUCAACAUCUUCUAACAGUGCAUGGUUUUGAGCAAGAAGGUUCAGAAGAAUUGGAUACAGUAAUUCUGAAAGCUCUAGUUAAAGCUUGUAAGAGUCAUAGUCAAGAUGCUCAGGAGUACCUGGAUGAACUGAAGCUGGCUGUGGCCUGGGACAGAGUGGACAUAGCUAAGAGUGAAAUAUUCAAUGGUGAUGUUGAAUGGAAGUCAUGUGAUCUGGAGGAAGUGAUGAUGGAUGCCCUGGUGAAUGAUAAACCAGAAUUUGUCAAGUUAUUUAUUGAUAAUGGGGCCAACAUCUUUGACUUCCUGACCUAUAGCCGGCUACAGAGACUCUACUGUACCAUCUCACCAAAGUGUCUCCUGUAUUCACUUUUGCUUAAAAAACAUGAAGAAAAUAGACUCACUUUAGCAGGGAUGAGUGGUCAACAGCACAAAGAAACAAUGGAUACUUGCCUGCUCUUCACUCUCCAUGAAGUUUCCAGAGUGCUGAAGGAUUUUUUACAUGAUGCAUGCAGAGGUUUCUAUCAAGAACAGAAGUCUGGAAGCAAGAAGGAAACUGAUAAGUUGCAUGCAAAAAGGUUACCUGGCCCUUUGGACAUGAAUCAGAAAAGUGAAAAUCCUUGGAGAGACUUAUUUUUAUGGGCAGUACUUCAAAAUCGGCACAAGAUGGCAUACUAUUUCUGGGCUAUGGGACAGGAAGGUGUAGCUGCAGCUCUGGCAGCUUGCAAAAUCCUCCGAGAGAUGUCUCAUCUGGAGAUAGAUGCUGAAGUGGUCCGCAGAAUGAAAGAAGCAAAAUAUGAGCAGCUUGCUGUGGAAUUAUUCAGUGAAUGCUACCACAACAGUGAGGACCGAGCUUUUGCUUUGCUGGUGAGGAGAAACUGUUUCUGGAGCAAAACCACUUGUCUCCAUUUGGCCACAGAAGCGGAUACCAAGUCUUUCUUUGCACAUGAUGGGGUGCAGGCUUUUCUGACAAAAAUCUGGUGGGGAGACAUGUCAACAUCCACCCCUAUCUGGAAGCUAAUUUGUGGGUUUUGGUGUCCUUUCCUGAUAUAUACUAAUUUAAUAUCAUUCAGGUAUGCUUACUGUCAAAGUGUGGAUGCCAUUGCAGGACUACCUGCAGUGGUGCCUGAGGGCAGUAUCAAGACACCCACUGUUGAAGGCAGCCAUAGCUCACACCAGAAGCUGAGAGAGGAAGGGGCAGCCACCAACAUGGCUGUCCCGCCUUUCCUGAUGAGUGAGGAAACCCAAUCAGUGGAAGAGCCAGAAUCAUUUAAAGAGCUUUACAGCUUGGAUACAGAAAGGUCUUUGCUUUUUCCCAAGGAAGUGGAUAGGGCCCUAAUCAAUUCAGGGACAUGUGGAAGAAAGAGGGGCUUCAGCCUCCCCUCCCACUCCCUUUUCUUGAGCCAAAAGAAGCCACUGGGGGGCAAGGGUUGCCUCACUGUAACGUACACAUCCUCGGCGGAGCUGGAUGAAGCGAGUCGGGCCCCACCUCAGGGGUCAAUUCUGAGCCCACCGGGCUGCGCGGGCGCCGGGCGGGGCUUCCUCGAAGCGGAGUUAACGGAGGAGCUGCACCUUUCGCCACCGGUGGAUGAUUUCUUGAUUAUCGGCAGGCAAGGCACCCGGGAGUGGGAGCGGCCCCUUCAAGAUGUCCAGGUCCUAGCCGCCUCGCUGGGGGGCCCCGUAGCUCCCAACAAGGCGGAGGGGCCCGCCGCUGCCCUCAGCUACCUGGCAUAUGCAGCAUUUGUGUUUACACGAUGGAAAAAAUUCUGGACUGCUCCUGUCACAGUGUUUAUGGGGAAUGUUAUUAUGUACUUUGCCUUCCUCUUUCUGUUUUCCUAUGUCCUUUUGGUGGAUUUUAAACCACCACCACCUAAUGGUCCAUCCAUCCAUGAGGUUAUACUUUAUUUUUGGGUUUUUACAUUGGUCUUGGAAGAAAUCCGACAGAGCUUUUUCACUGAUGAGGAUAUGAAUUUAAUGAAGAAGUUCAAAUUGUAUGUAGAAGACAACUGGAAUAAGUGUGAUAUGGUCGCCAUCUUCCUUUUCAUCAUUGGAGUCACUUGCAGAAUGCUGAAUUCAACCUUUCAAGAUGGCCGAACCAUACUAGCUAUUGAUUUUAUGGUGUUCACUCUCAGACUGAUUCAUAUUUUUGCUAUUCAUAAGCAGCUGGGUCCAAAGAUUAUAAUUGUAGAGAGAAUGAUGAAGGAUGUUUUCUUCUUCCUUUUUUUCCUGAGUGUGUGGCUUAUUGCUUAUGGUGUGACCACCCAAGCCUUGCUCCAUCCUGAUGACAGUCGAUCUGAGUGGAUCUUCAGAAGGGUUCUCUACCGUCCUUACCUUCAAAUAUUUGGACAGAUUCCACUGGAUGAAAUAGAUUCAUCUCGCAUGGAGCUGGAAAAUUGCACAUCAAAGGACAAUGUGUUAUCUUGUCCUAAUGAUUAUGCUAAUUGGCUUGUCAUCCUCCUCUUGGUUAUUUUCCUCCUGGUUACAAAUGUUCUGCUUAUGAAUCUACUGAUUGCCAUGUUCAGUUAUACUUUUCAGGUGGUUCAGGGAAAUGCAGACAUAUUCUGGAAAUUUCAGCGUUACAACUUGAUUGUUGAAUACCAUGGUCGGCCUGCGUUUGCCCCACCUUUUAUCAUUAUUGACCACAUUAAGCUGUUUCUAAGACGAAUUCUCAAGAAAAUGGAGCAUAAAAAAGAGCAUAUGGAAAGAGAUCUGCCAGAAGGCCUGGAUCAAAAAAUCAUAACCUGGGAGAUGUUACAAAAAGAAAACUACCUGGCAAACCUGGAAAAGAAUAAAAAAGAAAGCAACGAAGAAAGGCUAAAGAAAAUGUCCGACAAGGUGAACAGUCUUUCAAAAUAUUUUAGUGGUUUAAAAGAACAAGAUAAACGGCUUCGGUCAUUGGAAUCACAAAUCAAUUAUUGUACAGUUAUCCUUUCCUCGGUGGCAGAUACCAUAACCAAAAACAGCUUGAGUUGCCAAGGACCCCCUCUGAACUACACAUGUAGGGAGCAGCAGCAGCAAGACUUGGCUGGCAAGGGGGAGCCGGAGGAUGGGGGAGCGAAGGUCAGCUAA